AUGGUUUAUGAAAUUCAAUGUUUCAUUAAUAUCGGAGCUAUAUUUUCGAAAAGUCUACAGCGACUUCCAAGAGGUUUUCCGACAGCCUUGAUGGAUAUCGCUGCUGGAUUGCCCACAAAGAGUUUAGCUAUUGUAAGAGGAAAUACAACUGACAUACGGUCCGAGGAUAUUUGCGAAAUAAUGUGUAUUCUUAGUGAUAAUAAUAUACAAGUAAUUAACUUGGAUAUAAAGACAGCGGAGAGCAAAGAUGCAUAUUUCAGAUACCUUAAAAAAGGUCUCGAUACAUCCAAGGAAAGGUCGAGUCUGAUCCUUUGUGAACCAGAGGAAUGCGAAGAUAUACUUUACGAGAUUACAAUCAAUAAUUAUAUCCAUCGUUCCAUACUGUAUAUAUUCUACUGGCCACGUGGUGAAGUUAGUAGAUUAUUCCUCUCCAGUAUCAAGGAGGCUAUACGAGUAGCUGUGAUCACAAACCCGAGACCAGGCGUAUUUCGACUAUACUACAACCAGGCAACACCGGACAAGCUUAACCACUUGACCCUCGUCAACUGGUGGUCAGGUCGCCUCUACAAAUCUCCCGCCUUACCACCCGCUGAUAAGGUCUAUCAGGACUUCAAGGGUAGGAUCUUCAAUGUUCCCGUAUUGCAUGCACCUCCUUGGCACUUUGUGAUUUACAAGAACGACUCGACGGUCAACGUGACUGGUGGGCGAGAUGACAAAUUACUCUCAUUAUUAUCGAAGAAAUUAAAUUUUAAGUACCGGUAUUACGAUCCACCAGAAAGAAGUCAAGGCUCAAGGAUCGCUGCUAACGGAACAUUUAAAGGCACCCUCGGUCUGAUUAGGAAACGUACAGCGGAUUUUUUCGUCGGUGACGUAACAAUGACCUGGGAAAGAUUACAAGCGGUUGAAUUUUCAUUUUUAACUCUGGCCGACUCUGGAGCCUUUUUAACUCAUGCACCAGAUAAAUUAAGUGAAACUUUGGCAAUAAUCAGGCCUUUUAGAUGGGAGGUAUGGUUACUAGUUGGCGCCACUCUGCUCGUGACGGGACCAGCCCUGUGGGUUGUGAUCGCAGCUCCUACAUUAUGGCAAAGACGCAAGCGAAACCAACCGGGCCUUUUGAAUAAUUGCUGCUGGUUCACCACUUCAUUAUUCUUAAGACAAUCUUCCUCCAAAGAGCCAUCCAGAACACAUAAGGCACGUCUAGUUUCUAUUUUCAUCUCGCUCGGAGCAACCUACGUCAUUGGCGACAUGUAUUCUGCAAACUUAACCAGUCUCUUAGCAAGACCUGCGAGAGAACAACCUAUUGGCACGUUGCAAGCCUUAGAAGAGGCCAUGAGGUAUAAAGGAUACGAAUUGGUCGUGGAGGGACAUAGCUCUUCAAUGGCCAUUCUGCAGAACGGGACAGGAGUGUAUGGUCGCCUCGCUCGUCUCAUGAGACGUCAACGCAUACAACGCGUACGAAGUGUCGAAGUAGGUGUCCGCUUGGUGUUGACAAAACGUCGAGUAGUGAUACUGGGCGGGAGAGAAACAUUGUUCUACGAUACAGAGAGAUUUGGUUCACAUAAUUUUCAUUUGAGUGAAAAAUUAUAUACACGAUAUUCAGCAGUUGCUUUGCAAAUCGGUUGCCCUUAUUUAGAAUCUUUUAACAACGUGAUAAUGACUCUAUUCGAAGCUGGUAUAUUAGCUAAGAUGACAACAGAUGAAUAUAAAAAUCUCCCGGAACAUUCUAGAAGAUCGGAACCGGUUACCGAGAGUGAUAGAAAAGAGAGCAGUGACGCAAUGGAAAAUGUUCAAACUCCGCAGGCGCAAGCAGAGUCCACAAUUGGUCUUGAACCAGUUUCGCUUAGAAUGCUUCGUGGAGCCUUUUGCCUUCUCAGCAUUGGUUACUUUUUAGCAGCUGCCGUUCUUGUAACAGAAAUACAAGUACAUCGUAAGAAAGCGAAUAUAAAAACAAAGGAGCGAUUUCAGACAUCGACCAAACGGAAGUCAGUCAGGGUUCGUGUUAAACGACAUUUCGAAAGGAUAUAUAGAUACAUAUACGUGUUUGUUGAUAAGGCUUUAAGGCACGAUGCUAGAGAAUAA